GGCAGUUGAACAUACCCAGGCUGGCUUCAGUUUUCGUAAACUUUGAAUGUCAACGGAAACAUCUCAAUUCCAUCUGUGGAGCUCUUUAGACUGAAAAAACACUCCAGCUGGGCGGGCUGGUCAUGCACGGGCACGUGCGCAACGUCGUCCAACGCGAACUCACCACCGACAGUUGUGUACAGCCAUAAACAAGCAAACGAUCUAGUCCGAUUUACAGUAUGAGUCAACAAGAAGCAGCAUACUUCGUACCAACAGACAACAGAGGGCUGCGCGCCUGUCUGCUGUGUGGUAUCGUCCACCAAGGCAAAUACUUCAAGAAGUUCGGGUGCCCAAAUUGUGAAGAGCUACUGCAUCUCUCUGAAUCGUCCGAUGACGUUCUCACGGACUGUACUUCGACGAUGUUUGAGGGUACAAUUGCUAUGAUGAAGCCAAGAAGAUCCUGGGUUGCAAAAUGGCAGAGAAAUGACGGCUUCGUGAGCGGAUUGUACGCGGUGCGUGUGCAGGGCACGCUGCCCGAAGAUAUCAUCGACGAUUUGAGCCGAAUGGGUGUUCAAUACCGACCUAGGGACGGACAAGUCAUCGACUAAGAAUUGCAAAUUGGGAGGAAGGGGGUGCGCGUCAUCAGGCAAGCAUUCGGCUUGUGUUUCAGGGUCUGCAACGGAGUUUACGGGAUAUUUUGUUUUUAUGAUGUACCUCAGGAAGGUGCUCAAUUAUACUAUUUUGUU